AUGAUAAAAAUGAAAGAAGAGAAAAGGAAAGGGGCAUGGACAGAGGAAGAAGACAAGCAAUUAGAAUGGUAUGUGAGCUUGUUUGGUGAAAGGAGAUGGGAUUUCUUAGCACAAGUAUCAGGUCUCAAAAGAAGUGGGAAGAGUUGCAGGCUAAGAUGGGUUAACUAUCUUCACCCAGGACUCAAGCAUGGCCGCAUGAGCCCACAAGAGGAACAACUUGUCCUACAACUCCACUCUUAUUGGGGAAACAGGUGGUCUCAAAUAGCUCGGAAACUACCGGGUCGAACUGAUAAUGAGAUCAAGAAUUAUUGGAGAACUCGAAUGAGAAAAAUAGCACAAGAGAGGAAAAUGAACUCAUCUCCGGCUCUGUCAUCAUAUAAUGAUACUAAUUUUUAUUUCAAUGAACCUCAAUCAAGGACUGAAAGGGAAGAAGAAGAAGAAGGAGGAAACUAUUGACGGUGACCCUAUGGAUCAAAAAAAUGGAAGGACAUUGAACUGAGUUUUGAGGAUGGCAGUGAUGAAGGUUUGGGAUGUAUCUUGCAAUCAAAUGACUUCCCUAGCGGAGGAGUGCUACUUGGAUUCACUCUGGAAGUUAGAGGAAUAAGAGCUAAUAAAGGAUCUUUCCUUAGUUGAUGUGCCUAUAUAUUUCUAGCUUAUCUAGUCAAGUGUUUGCAUGAGAAAUUUUAACCAUGUAUGAAACACUAUAUAUAA